AUGCAGGUGGUGUCCAAUCUUUCUGCCACCACUCGACCUUUGUUCUAUGUGGAGUCUUGGGCAUGCUUUCCGAGGGAAAGAGAACGGCUGUUUAGACUGAUCGAUAGCAGUAAGAGAAAUGGGGUCUUAUUUAUUAGUGGUGAUGUUCAUUUUGGAGAAAUCGCUCGUUUUGACUGCGGUGUUCAAUAUCCAUUGUAUGAUAUUACCUCGAGUGGUCUUACUCAGUCUGUCGAGAAUUCUGUACCAGCAAUAUUUCAAUCUGUUAUGAGACUUCUGGCUUGGCUGACACCAACCCCCAUGCGAGUCUUCAGCCCUAACUGCCGUCACAAAUCAUGCUCAUAUGGUCAGCCAAAUUUUGGAGCAAUCGAAAUAGAUUGGAAUGCAGUAACUCCACGGGUUAAAAUUGAACUAAGAGAUUUACAGGGCAAUUCUGUUGAUGGUGUGGAGUUCCCUAUAUCUGAGCUGAAGCCAUCAAAUGCACAUGCAAACAAAAAAGAAGGGCAUUCUUUUGAAGCACAUUGUAGUCUCGAAACAGAGCUUCCAUGGCUGCUACGGUACCGCCUUGCGAUGCUAUUCUUUGGCACCAUUGCCGUUUUUGUCGUUGCUUUGGUGCUUGUCGGAAUCGCUUGCUGUUCAGCUACUAAAAUGUUUACUAGGAAGUGCAAGAUGGCAUAG